UGUCACGUCGUCGCUCCACAUCUCUCCUCACACUGGCCAAUGCGCACAAAGCCUCUCUACUGUAUCCAGACACCUUUGUGUGCACCAUUACGACGCUGAACCUCUAAUGGCCUCGUAGCACACAACCCCCUCACACAGUUUAGUUGCUUUAGUACGGUAACAGGGCACACGAUGCGUCCGGGUCUGGCGGGUCUAGCGGCGGAGAUGCUGAGCAACGGUGCAACCUGCAGGACCAGGCCGAGGCUCGGCAGCCUGCUGACGGCUACUGGCACAACACCGCCGAUGAUGAUGAUGAUGGUGUCAAGGAGGUUUCGCUCCACGUCCUCCAUGCAGGGCUACUCGGAGAUGGCAAGAGAGAGGUCGAAGACUGUCACGUCGUUUUACAACCAGUCUGCUAUUGACGUUUCCGCAGAAAAGGCCUCGGUGCGACUGACCUUAGCGACCCUGCUGUAUUCUGGGAAGUCUCCGGAUGGACACCACAUCUUGAGCAGUGCCAAGUACCUACACAAGGAGCUGCCUGUACGGAUCGCCCAUCGCAUCAAGGGCUUCCGCAGUUUGCCCUUCAUCAUUGGCUGCAACCCCACCAUCCUGCAAGUGCAUGAACUGUACAUCAGAGCCUACCACAUGCUCAGUGACUUUCCCCAGAUCAAGGACCAGGACGCUGAGGCUCGUUUCUGUAAGCUGGUGCAGGCGCUGCUGGACGACCACAAAGAUGUGGUCACCAUGAUGGCCCAGGGCUUCAGGGAGUGUCGCAGACACAUCCAGGAUGAGAUGAUCAUCCGCAGCUUCCUGGAUACAACACUGUGCUCUCGUCUGGGAAUCCGAAUGUUGGCGACGCACCACCUCGCCCUCCACGAAGAAAACGCUGAUUUUGUUGGGAUCAUAUGCAGACGUCUCUCCCCCAAAAAGAUCAUCGAGAAGUGGGUGGACUUUGCCAGGCGUCUGUGUGAGCACCAGUACGGUAACUCGCCCAGAGUGAGGAUCAACGGACACGUAGCGGCUCGCUUCCCCUUCAUCCCUCUGCCUCUGGAUUACAUCCUGCCCGAGCUGCUCAAGAACGCCAUGAGGGCCACCAUGGAAAGCCAUCUGGACACUCCAUACAAUGUGCCCGAUGUGGUCGUCACCAUCGCCAAUAACGACAUUGAUUUUGUCAUCAGGAUUUCAGACCGUGGUGGCGGCAUACCUCACAAUAUUGUAGACAAGGUGAUGGACUACCACUUCAGCACGGCUGAGGAGAGCGCACAGGACCCUCGCAUGAGCAACCUCUUCAACAACAUUACCAACAGUGGAAACCAGUCCAACCCGAUGCACGGGUUUGGUUUCGGCCUGCCCACGUCCAGGGCCUACGCUGAGUACCUGGGCGGCUCUCUGUCCCUACAGUCUAUGCAGGGCAUCGGCACCGACGUCUACCUGCGUCUGCGCCACAUCGACGGCAAAGGAGAGAGUUUCCGCGUGUAAAAGGUCAUCGUCGUAGAUCCCAACCUUGAAAUCAGGCCAUGCAGGAGUACAGAGGGUCCCCCCACCAUGAAGACAGGCAUGGACUACAGGACUUUGGUCCACAAAGUGAGCGUACACACACAGUAUGUUGUCAGGAAGCUCCUAAAUUCACCAAACCCACUACUUUACGUUCUUUUUUGUUGUUUUGCCUUAGACUUAUUAUAAGCUAUGUUAGCUCUCAAGUUGAUGAUUUCAGUUGCGUUUCCUUUGUGUUUUGUACCCUGUGGCAUGUCGUCUUGAAGUUUUAAAGGGCCGUAUGAACUUUUGAAUGUUUAGGUUAUCGGGACAAACUGUGCAUGAUGUUAAUGUGGAAGGAAAAGAAAAAAAAGAGCUUCAGUUUUAAAGAAGUUCACUUUUGAAGUUACUUGUGGCGUAGCCUCAAAAUAAGAACAGACGUUUUGAUUAACUUCUGAGACACUCCAGCAACCCUGUCAAAAUCUCCUCAAAGCUGCUCACGUUACAUGAUGAUCAAUACAGUUUGAACAACCGAUAUCAAAAUCUAAGGUCUACAAGAGAAAACAGCAGUACACAAGAAUAGAAGUGUCCUCAGCAUGUGCUGUAAACCUCAACUCUUGACAAACCUUAGCGAUAUUCUACAAAAAAGACUGCCAAAACACCAAAAGCUCAUUAACAGAUUUCUGUCUUUGUUCUGUUUUGAGAACACACGCCGUGAUGAACAUCUUUGUUCAGCAGUAUUUUUUGUGGAGCUUCCGGGCAGGGAAGCCAACCGAGAUGUUCAGUUGCCUUACUGUGUGACGCUCGUCCUUCAAACCGCAUGCCGACGUUUUCUUUUUUGUUGCCUUUAUCGGCUCACACAGAUGCACACUGUGUUUAUCGUGUAGAUCUCCCGUUGUAAUGCUCAACACUUGCAUCUAUCAUAGCGUAGCUUUUGACUUUAUUUUAACAACUUUCAGAUUAACAGUAUACCACAGAAGUAUUGUCUAAUAUUGUCUUCUUUUUUUCCGUUUUAUUUGACUUUAGAUUUUCUUUUUUUGUUUUCUUGUAGAAAGUGUGUUAGUUGUAUGUGUCUGUCUUUUUGAAAUAAGUUUUUUAUGUGAGAAUACAUUUCAAGAUGGGUCAACGACAGGGUUUCUGCACUGUUAACUGAUGAAGUUCAGAUCGGCCGAGGUUGCAAGUCAUUUUUAAGGUCCAUUAUCUCAAGAUCACAACUUGAUUAUAUCAUUAACUUGAGACAACAAGUAUUUCUUUAUUUUUGCACCAAUUUU